UUUUCCAACAGCAGGAGCAAGAAUGGUUCAGUGGAACAUUCUACAUCCACUAUAUUUCUUUGAUUAUGCAACAGUCAAAUAUGUGGCCACGCAGAAUAAGAAAGUGGGACUCUUUUACAGAAUCUUUCAACUCUCCGUCAUUGGAUAUCUCAUAGGGUGGGUACUUAUUGAAAAGAAACAAUACCAGGCAAAAGAUGAUACUGUCGAGAGUUCUGUGUUAACUAAAGUUAAAGGAGUUGCACGCGUCAACACAACAGCUUCUGAAUUAUGGGGACCAGAGGACUAUGUUCACCCAAAACAGGGUGAGGAUUUUCUGUUUAUAACAACCAAUUUCAUCGAGACGCCAAACCAAAAAUUUGUCAACUGUUCAGAGAAAUCAUUACCCGAUGCCAUUUGCACUAAGGACGAAGACUGUAUAGCGGAAGAGGUUGUUAGGGCUGGACAUGGAAUUAAGACUGGCGUUUGUUUGAAAACUGCUGAGCAUUCUGAUGGCAUUUGUGAAAUACGUGGCUGGUGUCCCCCUGAAAAAGCUCAGGAGCCGGACGAAGCCAAUGUGGUGAGACAAGCUGAAAACUUUACCGUGUACAUAAAGAACUUCAUCAGAUUUUCCCAUUUCAACUUCUCAAAAUCAAAUGUCAAACCAAACGAAAGUCGAGCAUAUUUCCAAAAAUGCUUGUAUGAUGAAAUUGUUCACCCAUACUGUCCUAUAUUUCGUCUGGGAGAUAUUAUAAACAAAACUGGACAUAGCUUUCAAGAAAUCGCCGUGAAGGGCGGUUCAUUUGGGAUUAUGAUUGAAUGGUGCUGUGACCUUGAUAAAGAAGACUACUAUUGCAAUCCUAAAUACAGCUUUAUUACUCUGGGCAGCAACAAAACUGGAUUUAACUUCAGAUUUGCUGAGUAUUCAAAUGUUGGAGGAGAAAAGCAAAGAACACUUUACAAAGUGUUUGGAUUUCAUUUUAAAGUCAUGGUGUUUGGAACGGCAAGAAAGUUUUGUUUUAUUAAUACCCUCAUCAGCAUAGUAUCAGUUCUAGCUUUAAUGACUGCUGGUUCUUUCUUGUGUGACAUCAUACUAUUGUGCAUGAUGAAGAAGAGCCCUUUUUAUAGGGACUCAAAGUUUGAGAGAAUAACAAAGAAAGACAAAGAAAGUCCAGCAAAAAAGAUGCCAGAGCGUCCGAAGAGAAAGUUCAGUUUAUGAAAUUUGCAAUAACAGCAAUGCAUGUAGUGUGAAAUAUGAGGGAAGCAGGUUUAUAUUAGCUGAAGUCUAGAAAAUGUUAUUUAGAUAUAAUGCAUGGACUUCAUUAUUCUGUGUCUAAUGGACAGCACCUGUAGAAACGUAAUGCAUUUUCAUCAAGUUUUUUAAUGUCUUGUUCUUCAUUCACCUCUAUAAACUCCUAAUGUUAUUUGCUCCAUAAGAUAUAAUUCUGCCAUGUAUUGUAAAUGAGGGAAUUGCUGGUCUUUCACCACUUAUUUUCAACUAAUACUUAGUCUAUUAGCAUCAAGCAUAAAUAAUUAGCGUAUGAGAUGACUCAAUACAUUUAUUCAGAAGGAUAAUUAUAGUCCAUUAUAUUUAUGAUGGCAUUUUAAUAUGAUUUUAGUCAUUAAAC